GGGGCUGCCAGGGGCGUCGGGUUACAUCCCCGCCUUCCUCUGCUCCGGCCGCGGGACUGGGUUUGCGGGAGCGCAGUUCGGGAACAUGUUGGCCGCGAGUAACCGGAGCCGGGCGGCGUGGACGCGGGCACUGCUGCUGCCGCUGCUGCUGGCGGGGCCCGGGGGCUGCCUGAGCCGCCAGGAGCUCUUUCCCUUCGGCCCCGCACACGGGGACCUGGAGCUGGAGGACGGAGACGACCUGGUCUCCCCGGCCCUGGAGCUGAGUGGGGUGCUCCGCUUCUACGACAGAUCCGACAUCGGCUCUGUCUACGUCACCACAAAUGGUAUCAUUGCGACGAAUGAACCCCCGGCCGAAGAAUCCCACCCCGGGCUCUUCCCACCAACAUUCGGUGCAGUCGCCCCUUUCCUGGCAGACUUGGACACGACGGAUGGCCUGGGGAAGGUUUAUUAUCGAGAAGACUUUUCCCCCUCCGUUACUCAGCGGGCAGCAGAGUGUGUCCAGAGAGGGUUCCCGGAGAUCUCUUUCCAGCCUAGUACUGUAGUGGUUGUCACUUGGGAAUCCGUGGCCCCCUACCAAGGACCCAGCCGGGACCCGGACCAGGAAGGCAAGAGAAACACGUUCCAGGCCGUUCUAGCCUCCUCUGAUUCCAGCUCCUACGCCAUUUUCCUUUAUCCCGAAGAUGGUCUGCAGUUCCAUACUACAUUCUCAAAGAAGGAAAACAACCAAGUCCCUGCUGUGGUUGCAUUCAGUCAAGGUUCAGUGGGAUACUUGUGGAAGAGCAAUGGAGCUUAUAAUAUAUUUGCUAAUGACAGAGAAUCCAUUGAAAAUUUGGCCAAGAGUAGCAACUCUGGGCAGCAGGGUGUCUGGGUGUUUGAGAUCGGGAGUCCAGCCACCACCAGUGGCGUGGUGCCCGCGGACGUGAUACUCGGAACCGAAGAUGGGGCGGAGUAUGAUGAUGAGGAUGAAGAUUAUGUCCUGAUGACCACUCGUCCAGGCCUGGAGGAUGUGGGCACCACGCCCUUCCCCUACAAGGCUCUGAGAAAGGGAGGUGCUGACACAUACAGUGUGCCCAGCGUUCUCUCCCCGCACCGGACAGCUACUGAAAAGCCCCUUGGACCUCCCACGGAGAGGACCAGGUCUUUCCAGUUGGCAGUGGAGACUUUUCACCAGCAGCACCCGCAGGUCCUAGAUGUGGAUGAAGUUGAGGAAACAGGAGUUGUUUUUAGCUAUAACACGGAUUCCCGCCAGACAUGCGCCAACAACAGACACCAGUGCUCGGUGCACGCAGAGUGCAGGGACUACGCCACGGGCUUCUGCUGCAGCUGUGUCGCUGGCUAUAUGGGCAAUGGAAGGCAAUGUGUUGCGGAAGGUAAUUUGCUUUUCUAUGUCCAUUUCAUGCGGGAGAAGGAGGAGUGGAGUUUUUGUUUUGGUGCUUCUUUUCCAUGUUGCCUUUACCCACAUCUCCGGAGGUGUGGCGUGUUUUUCUUACGGCAGCGAUGCGUGGUGUCUCUUUCCUCAUUCUUUCUCCUAUUCUCUACAGGCAUCCCUUGGGGAGGCCCAUUUCCUGUUCUGUCUGAUUGGUCCUCUGGUAGCCUUAUGGGCAGGGAAUGCCAAGGUGCUUUUAAAGCCUUUGAUUCAGCUUCUUGCAUCCUUAACCAUCUUCCCUUUGUCUCCCUGCCUUGUCCCCUCUGUCCUUCCCACUCUGCAGUGAUCACUUCCUCCUCCACCCGGGAGUACACGGUGACUGAGCCCGAGCGCGAUGGGGCAGCUCCUUCACGCAUCUACACUUACCAGUGGCGCCAGACCAUCACCUUCCAGGAAUGUGUCCACGAUGACUCCCGGCGGGCCUUGCCCAGCACCCAGCAGCUCUCCGUGGACAGCGUGUUUGUCCUGUACAACCAGGAGGAGAGGAUCUUGCGCUAUGCUCUCAGCAACUCCAUCGGGCCUGUGAGGGAAGGCUCCCCCGAUGCUCUUCAGAAUCCCUGCUACAUCGGCACUCAUGGGUGUGACACCAACGCAGCGUGUCGCCCUGGCUCCAGGACACAGUUCACCUGUGAGUGCUCUAUCGGCUUCCGAGGAGACGGGCGGACCUGCUAUGAUAUUGACGAAUGUUCAGAACAACCCUCAGUGUGUGGGAGCCACGCCAUCUGCAAUAAUCACCCAGGGACCUUCCGCUGCGAGUGUGUGGAGGGCUACCAGUUUUCAGACGAGGGAAAGUGUGUGGCUGUCGUGGACCAGCGCCCCAUCAACUACUGUGCAACUGGCCUACAUGACUGCGACAUACCCCAGCGGGCCCGGUGUGUCUACACAGGAGGCUCCUCCUACACCUGUUCCUGUUUGCCAGGCUUUUCUGGGGAUGGCCGAGCCUGCCAAGAUGUGGAUGAAUGCCAGCCAAGCCGAUGUCACCCGGACGCCUUCUGCUACAACACCCCAGGCUCCUUCACAUGCCAGUGCAAACCCGGUUAUCAGGGAGAUGGCUUCCGUUGCGUGCCCGGAGAGGUGGAGAAGACCCGGUGCCAGCAUGAGCGAGAACACAUUCUCGGCGCAGCGGCGGCGGCCGACCCACAGCGACCCAUUCCUCUGGGACUGUUCGUUCCUGAGUGCGAUGAGCACGGGCACUACGCACCCACCCAGUGCCACGGCAGCACCGGCUACUGCUGGUGUGUGGAUCGCGACGGCCGCGAGGUGGAGGGCACCAGGACCAGGCCCGGGAUGACGCCCCCGUGUCUGAGUACAGUGGCUCCCCCGAUUCACCAAGGGCCCGCAGUGCCUACUGCCGUGAUCCCCUUGCCCCCCGGCACACAUUUACUCUUUGCCCAGACUGGGAAGAUUGAGCGCCUACCCCUGGAGGGAAAUACCAUGAGGAAGACAGAAGCGAAGGUGCUCCUUCAUGUCCCGGCUAAAGUCAUCAUUGGCCUGGCCUUUGACUGUGUGGACAGGAUGGUUUACUGGACGGACAUCAGUGAGCCUUCCAUCGGGAGAGCUAGUCUACAUGGCGGAGAGCCAACCAUCAUCAUUAGACAAGAUCUUGGAAGUCCGGAAGGCAUUGCGCUUGAUCACCUUGGCCGCAACAUCUUCUGGACAGACUCUAACCUGGAUCGAAUAGAAGUGGCAAAGCUGGAUGGCACGCAGCGCCGGGUGCUCUUUGAGACCGACCUGGUGAAUCCCAGAGGCAUUGUAACGGAUUCCGUGAGAGGGAACCUUUACUGGACAGACUGGAACAGAGAUAACCCCAAGAUUGAAACUUCCUACAUGGACGGCACGAACCGAAGGAUCCUUGUGCAGGAUGACCUGGGCUUGCCCAAUGGACUGACCUUUGAUGCCUUCUCAUCUCAGCUCUGUUGGGUGGAUGCAGGCACCAAUCGGGCAGAAUGCCUGAACCCCACUCAGCCCAGCAGACGCAGGGUUCUCGAAGGGCUCCACUAUCCUUUCGCUGUGACAAGCUUCGGGAAGAAUCUGUAUUACACAGACUGGAAGAUGAAUUCCGUGGUUGCUCUCGAUCUUGCGAUUUCCAAGGAGAUGGAUGCUUUCCAUCCCCACAAGCAGACCCGGCUGUAUGGCAUCACCACGGCCCUGUCCCAGUGUCCCCAAGGCCAUAACUACUGCUCAGUGAACAAUGGCGGCUGCACCCACCUCUGCUUGGCCACACCAGGGAGUAGGACGUGCCGUUGCCCCGACAACACCCUGGGAGUUGACUGUAUCGAGCGGAAAUGAAGACAAGAGUGCCUUAUUUCCUUUCCGAAUAUUUCACAGCGACACUCUACUUGAAGCAACUUGGUCCAGAUUGAAAAGUGUCCUUUGGCUGAGUGGCCACUAGGCCCAGACCCAGCCUAGCCUGAGCCCCAACAACUUUUCCCUCACUGUUCCCCAAAACAUGCACCCUGGGAUUCUCUAAUGGAAAAGUCUCUACCCCUAUGCAAGGACAGAACCCUCCACCCUUACCCCAACCCUCAGAAAGACUUAUACACCACUGAGUGAGGAUUAUAUGCCCAUCCCAAUGUCCUAGGACCUUUUCCCAAUCCUAGGCCCCUAGUGGUGAGCAGAACCUCCCAAGUGUGAGUUGCAUCCUUCCCUGUGGCCUUAUGAGCUCAGUCUUACUUUGAGGCACGCACCAUCCUGUCAGCUCUUUGACAUAAAAGCCAAGGCUUGACUAGGAAAGGUUGGGAGUUGAGGGAUUAGCAUUCCUUAAUUUUUUGUUUUGGUUUCUCUGAAUUUCCUCUUUAUACUCCUGUAGUUUUACUCCUCAGUUCCUCUCAAUCGUCAUCUUGUCUAAGACUCCCAUUAUAAUGUGCAUGCUCUGCUUUUUGAUCAAAACCUACCCUGUCCUAGAGAUAUAUGGGUAUUUGGUUGGUGAUAAUGAGUAGCCCCUCCUAGAUAGAAUGCCAAUAUUUGAGAGUAGGAUAUUGGCAUUUGUUAGUUAAAGGAUUAAGUCAAAAGAAUGUCUGAUGGUAGGAAUUUCAAGGUGUAGGUCAGCUAUUUCAGAAUAGGGGAUUGUUUUGAUGUGCCUUAAAUUAUAUAAAAGAGUGCUAAUUAUUCCUCUUUGCCCAAAAUACUUGCAUCCAACCUUCUACUCUCUGUUGCUGUGCUUGUCUUCAGCCCCAUUGCUGGCACCAAUGUCCCUCCUUUUCAUGGAGACCUAUCUGAGGCACAGGAUGGGGCUGGCACCAGAUGAUGUCCCACCACAGACCCUCACCUCUGGCCUCCACACUAGAGAACCAAUUUACACUCAACCAUGACCUCAUCCCUCCGUGGUUUCUCCCUGAAUCUGUGGCUCUUGUUGGAUGUAUUGUCAUCUAACAACACAAUCCAGAAAGACUGAAUUGAAUAUUUAUACUGAUGGUCCUUAACCUUUAUUGCUCAAUGAUCUAAUUAAAGAGAUCAUUGCCACAUUUCAUGUUUAUAUUUCUACAAUCUGUUUAGAAAACAUCUUCUGACCAUAUCCGUAGGUGGUGUCACCUUUUUAUCAACUGCUUCCCAGAGUCCUAAAACAACAGAAAUUUUUUAUUGAAAAGUUCAGCAUAAGGAGUUUGAAUCAGUAAAGAAUGGGCUAAAGGAGAGAAGAUUCAAUGAAAAGUAUCAUAAAAAAGAGAUUGAUCAAGAAGAGAAAUUUUAAAACCCAAGAGAAACUGGUAGGAGAGGGGAUUUAAGAAUAGCAAUCGGAAAAACUCUUAAGUCACUCCAAAAAGAAAAUGGUAUAUUUUGCCAAAGACCACUUAUACUUGAGAACAUGGAAAAACUUGCCUGAUACUCUCUUUGGGGAAGAGAGUGUCUCCUCUUUUCCUCAAACCCCAGUUGACUCAGCCCCUCUGCCCCAUCUUCUCCUGACUUUGUCCUCACUUCCUUCUGCAGUACAUUGGAACCUGAAUUGAGAGUCUUUCCUUUAAUGAAGUUUGUCUUGAGAGGCAAAUAUAGCCCCAAGAAUCACAAGAUUUUAGGACCAUGUAGGUCUUUUACAUAGCCGAACUCCAUAAAUUAGUCUCACUUUCUUUCGUAUUCAUCGUUUCAUAUUAAACCCUCUAUAUCAAAUGUUCAUCAUGAUUUUGUAUGAUUUUUAUAACUAUUUUAUUCAUUUUAUUAGAUUUAUUCUACAAUUUUUUAAUGGUAAAUUCUUAAACUGUGGAAACCACUGAAGGUGCUUAUUAAUUGUUCCCCUAGAUUUGUAUAAGUAUUGGAUGAUUCCUUGAGUUUACAGCUGUACAAAUAUUAGUGUGGAAAAUAAAUUUUUUUUUUU